GACAAGAAAUUAGAGAUUCCAAAUUUUGUAUCAUUGUUGAUGAAGCACGAGAUGAAUCUAAAAGAGAGCAAAUGUGACUUGUAUUAAGGUUUGUUGACCGGAACAGAAUAAUUAGGGAGCGAUUUUUUGACCUUAUACGUGUUUCAGAUACAUCGACAACAACUCUCAAAAGGGAAUUGUGUUCGGUCCUUUCUCGACAUCAAUUAGCGAUUGAAAAUAUUCGAGGUAAAGGAUAUGAUGGUGCUAGUAAUAUGAGAGGUGAGUGGAAUGGUUUACAUGCAUUAUUUCUGGCAAAUUGCCCGUAUGCUUAUUAUGUUCAUUGUUAUGCUCAUCGUUUACAACUUGCUUUAGUUGCUGCAUCUAGAGAUGUAAGUCUAAUACAUCAAAUUUUUUUCUAAUUUUGACUUUUAUUGUCAAUGUCAUUGUUGCAUCUUCCAAAUGUCUUGAUAAAUUGCAUGCAACUAAAGUUGUUGAAAUUAAAUGGCUGUUAUCUAUUGGUGAAAUAUAAAGUGGUAGAGGGGCUAAUCAGAUGGGCACUCCAAAACUGGAGAUAUACAUUGGGGUUCACAUCUUUACUCUGUUCGUAGCUUGCUUAAAAUGUUCAAUGCAAUAGUCUCAAAACUUGAGCAUAUCAUGGCAGAUAAGUGUGUACAUAUUCUCAACGUGGGGAUGUUGAUGCUGCUCUAAAUUUAUUGAUUUCCUUUGAUUUUGUGUUCAUGACACAUUUAAUGGAAGAAGUUUUGAGAAUUGUUGAUAAUUUGUGUCAAGCUUUACAACAAAAGUAUCAACAUAUUGUGAAUGCUAUAAAACUAGUCUCUACGAGUCAAACACUCAUUCAAGAAAUGAGGGAGAAUGGAUGGGAAAGGUUUUUAGGUUCGGUGGGACUGUUUUGUCAACAACAUGAGAUUCUGGUGCCUAAUAUGAAUGCUCCUUAUCUAGCUCGUAAGUGUAGAGCUCGUCAUCAACACGAUCAAGUUACAAUGGACCAUUUUUAUCGAGUUGAAAUAUUUAUAAGUACAAUUGACAAGCAAUUACAAGAGCUGAACCGCAGAUUUAACAACAAUGCCUUGGAGCUCUUGACCUUGUCGUCAUUGUUAGAGCCAAAGGAUGAUUUCAAAAAAAUUUGAUAUCAAUAAGAUUUGCAUACUAGUAGAAAAGUAUUAUCCAAAUGAUUUUACGGAGCAAGAGAGGUACAAUCUGAAGGAUCAUUUGCAACAUUUCAUUUGUGAAGUGAAAGAUGAUCAAAAUAUGAGAAAUUAUUCUACUUUGGAGGAGGUUUGUGAACAAUUGGCACAAACAAAAAAGUCAAAUGUUUUUUUUGUUUGACAGAUUAAUACGUCUAAUAUUGACUCUUCCUGUGUCAACAACAACAACUGAGAGAGCAUUCUCAGCAAUGCGUAAUAAAAUAGAAGAUGAGUUUUUGGCGGACAACUUAGUUAUUUAUAUUGAAAGGGAAAUUUCUAAGAGUUUUAGCAACAAGUCAAUUAUUGAUGAUUUUAAAAUUUUAAAAGACCGUCGAGCGUUACUUUAGUUCUUUUUUCAAUAGUGGGUUCAUGACACUUGUGGUUUUAACAUUUUUAUAUCUAUUUUAUUCCGAUAUUUUUGUUUAACCUAUAUUUUUACAUUGGAUUUAGAAUUAUAUUCAUAUGUUCUUAUAGUUUUAUACUUUCAUAUCUGUUAAUAUGUUAUUGUAGAAAAAUCUAGCCCCUGUAGCAAAUCUUUCAAGAUCUGCCACUAUCAAAAAUAGUUUAAUACUCUAUCACAUCUAGUGAAGAGAAUAGAGGAGAUCACGAGCAAUGACCCAUGGAUAACAUUUUGAACAGAAAAACUCCAACUAAUCCACGCGCAUGAACUAGUCCCAAAGAAUUCACACUCUAAAAUAGAAAGACCAAGUAUAAUAAUCAGGUGGCGAAUUCAUUUGAAUAUCUAUACUAAUAUAUUAAAAGGCGUGCGUAAACCAUGAACGGUGCCACGUGGCGCUCUCCCUAGGGAGUUUUAGUUCAUGAAAUUCAUGUACAAUAAAAAAAUUAGAAAUUGCAUAGUAUAUGUUUUGAUCUCGUGACCUCAAGUUCAUGUACUUAAGUUUUAACCACUAGACCAAGUUGUAUUUAGUGCUAUCAUAUCAAAGUACAAUAUUAAUAAAUAAAAAUUUUCUUACCCGGGGCAUAACCCGGGCCUAAUAACUAGUUAUUAUACGAAAAUUGAUGACGUCGUGAACACAUGCCAUGAUAAUUGAUAAUAGCUUUUAAAGCUUCUCUUAGCUGAACGUACGUAAUACUACUAUUCAACACGGCGAAGGUAAGUUUGCGAAAUUUAGUAGUCGGAACUCGUAUGCCACGCGUAAAUGAACAAAGCUAAGGAACCACAAAUGCGUAUCACUGCCUAUAUAUAAACACCUGAACAUUCCUUAUUAGAAUAUAAUUCAAACAUCUUUCAAAUUAAUUACCAUAAGAUAUUAUCGUUUGUUUCAUACUUUAUCUAAAUAAAAUUAUUGAAUACCUUUCGACUUUAAUUUAUACAAUUAUUUAAGAAAGUUAUUAUAAGCAAUAUGACUGGUCACCACCAUGAGAAGGAGGAAGCACAAAAGGAUCCAAAGAAGGAAUUGAAGCAUCAUAAGCACCUUCAACAUUUCGGAAAGGCCACUACUGUUGCUGCUGGUGUUUAUGCUCUGCAUGAGAAGAAACAGGCCAAAAAAGACCCCGAGAACGCUCACAAACACAAGGUGAAAGAAGGGGUAGCAGCUGCAGUUGCAGUUGGUGCUGCUGGUCUCGUAUUCCAUGAACAUCACAAGAAGAAAGAAGCCAAACAGGAGCUCAAGCAGCAAAAGAAGCAUCAUCACCAUCACUAAUAUAAAAAUAUAUAUAUAAAAAAAGUAGCCUCAUCUUUAAUUCUAUUUCCUGGUUGAUCAUAUUCUAUAAUUUAUUUUAUAGUUUAUUUCAUGAUGCCAUCAGUUGAUUUUUUUUGUAAUAUACAUAUCGACAUAUUAGUUUGAUUAUCUUUCGUAUUGUACCAAGUGAACAAUUCAAUGAUGUUGCAUUGUUGCGGCUACUCGUUCGUUUUCAUAUAUAUACUCCAUUUCUAUUUUA